UCUGAUCGGAUCAGAGACGAACUUCUCUCCAUCUGACUGUGGAACUUUUGAGCUUGGACCGCCAUGUCACGGAAGCUGAAGGGGCGCUUUGCUGGGCCGGUGCCGAACCGCAACCUUUUUGCAGAUGAUAAAGAAGACUUUAGGAAAUUUGAACCAUUUCCUGGUAGAUUUGGGUCCGGGCCCAGAGCUUUUCCACCUGGUGAACAACUGCAGGUGACAAACAUCAACAUGUGUAAGGAAGUCAAUGAGCCGAAUCACAACACAAGCGAGUACAUGACCAAGCAGCUGGUGGUGCGUCGUGGUCAGCAGUUUGUUGUUGAAGUCACCUUCAGCCGACCAGUGACGCCGCAGGAUGACUUCCAGAUGGAGUUCCUCAUUGGUUCUGACGCUGUGGUCAACAAGGGCAGUCAUGUGGUGGUGACAUUCGGUAGCCGGCCUGGUGGUCCAUGGGCAGGCCAGAUUUUGGGCACGCAGGGCACAGUUGUGACACUGGGCAUCACACCAAGCGCCAAAGCCAUUUUUGGGCUGUAUCGUACAUACAUCGGCGUCUCCAUGGGCGAUGGCAUCGAGCGGACGGAGAAGGACCUCAGCACUAACAUGUACCUGCUGUUCAACCCUUGGUGUCCAGAUGAUGACGUGUAUUAUCCUGACGAUGCUGGACGCUGGGAGUAUGUCAUGAAUGCAACUGGCACCAUCUACCAGGGCUCAGUGGAUGCUGUAGCAGAGCGCAGCUGGGUUUUCGGCCAGUUUGAUGAGGGCAUUUUGGAUGCCUGUAUUUACAUCUUGGAUGUUUGUCAGAUGGCGAUUUACAAUCGCAAUGAAGUCAUCAAAAUCGUACGGACAGCAUCUGCAGCGAUAAAUUCUCAAGAUGAUAAUGGUGUGUUGGUUGGAAACUGGAGUGAUGACUACUCGAUGGGUACUCCACCAACGUCUUGGACAGGCAGCGCCAGAAUCCUACAACAGUUCUAUGCCUCUGGAAAUCCUGUCUGUUACGCACAGUGUUGGGUGUUUGCUGGAUGUAUGAUUUCAAUGCUUUCUAUGUCUACAGUCCUACGAUGUCUUGGCAUUCCAACGAGGGUCAUCACCAACUUCAACUCAGCCCAUGACAACACGGCUAACCUGAAGACUGAACUCAUCUUCAAGCCAGAUGGUUCACCAGACAGACGCAACACCAGGGACUCUAUCUGGAACUACCACUGCUGGUGUGAGUCCUUCCUGAGACGUAUUGACCUGCCACCAAAAUACAAUGGGUGGCAGGUGGUGGAUGCCACACCCCAGGAGACCAGCGAUGGAUAUUACCGUUGCGGUCCAUCCUCCAUCAAUGCCAUCAAGGACGGUGAGCUGUGUCAUCCGUUUGACUGCAGAUUCGUCUUUGCUGAGGUGAACAGUGACAUAAUCUAUUUGAAGAGAGACAAAUACGGCAAUCUGACUCCAUACAAGGUGGACAAAACUUCUGUGGGAAGCCUCAUUGCCACCAAAGCUAUUGGUGCUUGGACUCUUCAGGAUAUCACACACGAGUACAAGUACCCUGAAGGUAGUCCGGAGAAUGACAGGACUAUGGCUACGGCAGAGGGGUAUGGCUGUGAAAGAGACCACUCUGAGCUGCCUGACACCACGCUGUCUGUCAAGAUCAUGGCUGAACCGUGCCCUCUCGGAGGCAUUGUGAGGGUGAUGGUGACUUUCAACAACCAAGCCAAGUCGACAAAACUCUACCAGCACACCAGUGUAGUGAUUGAGAUCCCACCUCAGGAAUACAUGAAAUACCUGGGCUCUCAGCAGAGUCUGCACAUUGUGGUGAAUGCACAGACUGAUACUGAGCAAGUGUCUGAUGUGGAGUUGAUCCACCCUGCAGCUUCCAAAUUCAGCAUAACGAUUAGCGGCUAUAAACAAGUGGACCGGGAAACAUUUGCCACCGUUUCCUUCAAGAAUCCCUUCAACAUACCCAUUCAGAACGCCAAGCUUUGCAUUGAAGGAGCUGGACUGCUGAACUACAGGGUCUUCCCCUACACUACCAUUGCUCCAUUUGCUGAGAUUGUCCAGAAGGUGGUGUUCAUACCACGGACACCUGGCCGCAAAACCAUAGUGGCGGUGCUGGACAGUGACAACCUCACUGAUAUGCAUGGAUUGGCUGAAUUUGACGUUUCAGCCUAACUUUCAUCACCCCAUCAGCUCUUGGCAGAGUCUGAGCAGGCGAAGCAAGCGAUCUACAAAAGUGACUUCGUUUAUGAUCAAUUUUCUUCCUUCUUAAUCAUUUAAAUGCAGAAAUUCAAAAUGCUGUUUUAUUCCACAGAUAUGGAGGUUUUUGUGAAUGUCAUCUGAAUUUCAUCAAUAUAAAUGUUGCUUUACAUAAAGCAUAAAAUGGAGAAGAAAUUUCUGAAAGCUUGUUAGUGUUACAGAUCAGACUAUAAUCUAAACAACCACCUAUAAUCUCACAAUGUGGAGAAACUGGAAACUUUAUUUGAAGCAUGUUAUAGAUCUAUAUUCUAGAUGAAGCAUUUCUAUAAAAACAAAACUGCAAACAUCAAAGUUGUGGUUCAACAUUAAUUAUUUACUUUUGCUUUAAAUUCAGAUUUUUAAACAUUUAAAUUUUAAGUAGAUUUUUGCUGAUUGUGACUAAAAUUAUACAAACUUAUCAAAUAACAUUUUUUUUCUAUUUGGCCCUUAAAUCCACCAAAUUUAAUCAUUUUAGAAUUGCAUAUCACAUUUGCUGAGAAGGAAACUUAUUUUCACACAGUUUUAAAUUCUUUUAAACAUACAAAUAAGAAAAAGCUAAUUUACCAAAAUAAAAAUCCAGUUUCGUUUUAUAUAUUUUUAGUAUAUGCAACCAAACCAACAAGAAAAGCUCCAAACAACAAGAAACGCUCCUGUUUAAACAUUUAAAGAUAUAUUUAGAUAAAUAUAUUUAUUAUUUGUCUUUAACUUUUGAAAGUAAAUGUUUCUCCCAACCCUUUUAAUUCAGGUCUACUUUUACUUUCUCAGAUUAAUCCGAAAUGAUCUAAACAAUAAAAAGUAAAAGUUAACCAAGAGAGCACCAUGACAGAAUGAAAUCCCACAGGUCAACAAACUUCUGUUUACAAUCUUAGAAAUAAAAAAUCUGUAUCGUUCCACCGUUUUAGUCAAACAGUGAGUUUAUCAUGAUGCAUCGCAGCCUCCUGUCUGUCUGGAAGAUAAAUGAGUUAAUAGAAAUAAAUCCUGAUUCUAAACUACAUGGAUGACAAUGAAUAAUUUCUUUUCUUUGCUCUGUAUCAAAUCUACUUUUUAACCAUGUUCAUGCUGCCUACUAACAAUAAAAGCACAUUCAAAAG